GGUGCAGAUCGUGCGCGCUUCGUCGUGUCGCUCUAUCGGUCUCCGCAACGCGCGCGGCCAUACACAACCGCGCGCACGUUUUUCCCUCCCCGUAUCGAGAUAGAGAUAGAGAGAGAGAGAGAGAGAGAGAUAGGUAGAUAGAGAUAUACAAAGGGAGAGAGAGAGAGAGAGACAGAGAGAAGGAGAAAGAUUCAUCGAAUCACUUUUUGGUGCUCCGUAAACGAGAGAAUUAUUUUCAGUGUUUUCUUUUUUUUCUCCCUCCCCCCCUUCUACUUCUACUUCUUCUUCUUCUCGGUGUGAUUCUCUUCUCCUCGUCAUUAUCGUCGUCGUCGUUGUUGUUGUUGUUGUUGUGUUGUCCACGUAAAACGUAUACGAUACAUACACAUUACGUACACGUAAUUCGGUGCUCGACGACGAACUUUUUUUUCUCUCUUCUGGGACAACGACAAACCGUUUCUCUCCUCCGAUUCUUCUUGAAAAAAAAAAAAAGGGAGAAGGAAGAAAGGAUCGUGACCGUUUUCGGGGAGGACAAACUGUGAAAAAUCGUGAAAGAAAAGAAAAACACACGUGUGAAUUUCGAUCGUAAGAAUCGUAAUGUUAUACGUCGUGACAUAAUACACAAUACGUAAUACGUAAAUCGUAUUUACGGGGAGACGGAAGACAAAAGGAGAGAGAGAGAGAGAGAGAGAGAGAUAAACAAGUGGAAGGAAGAGUUAAUCCUCGUCCCGGGUCUCGGUGGCGCGCGCGUGGAAACGCACCGUGUUGUCACCCCUUUUUCGAAAGUCGCGCGCGAGCGCGCGCGCGCGCUGGCCCACGCCAGCCGGUUGGCUCGUAAUCCGCGACGCGACGCGACGUGGAUCACCGGUCGAUUCGCAUUCUCGGCGUCGUGUUGACGAUGCGCCCCGUCCCUAUCGUCGUGUUGUUCUUGUUAUCGUGAAUCGCGCUGGACUCGGAUUUUCGAACUUUGGAGAGAGGGAGAGAGAGGGAAGAAAGGAAGGAAAGAGAUCGGAUCAGAAAGAGAAAUGAAAUCGGUGACGAGAUCCUCGGGUGAAAGAAUCCCGUGCACGUUCGACGGAUAGGCGAGCAAAGUUUUUUUUUUUUUUUUUUUUUCUCUUCUCCCCCCUCCCCAACGAAGAAAUCAAGAGAAGAGGGGAAAGAAAAGAGAAAAGAAGAGAAGGAAAGGACGCGCGUGGUAUUUGUCUCGCGCGUGGCUGUGUGUACGUGGUGUUGUUCCAGAUGCGGCCUCGCUGUUGAGAAUUCGUUGGUGACCGGUCGGUCGAGAGAGGGAGAGGCGAGAGAAGUUUCGACGACCGAAAAACGGAGGGAAGGGUGAAAGCGAAAGAGGAGGCCGCGGAACGCGUAAGGAAGCGCGCCAAAAGGCCGAAGGAGGCGGGGGAGGCGGAGGGGGAGGAAGAAGAGGAGGAAGAGGAAGAGGAGGAAGAGGAAGAAGAGGAAGAGGAGGAGAAAGAGGAAAGCGGAAGAAGAGGAAAAAGAAGAAGGAGGAGGAGAACUAGCGAGGAGGAGGAGGAGGAGGAGGAGGAAGGUGGAGAGGAGCGAGUACGAGAGCGAGAACGAGGAGGAAGAGGAGGAAGAGGAGGAGGCGGAGGAGGAGGAGGAGGAGGAGGAGGUCGGGGCGGAGGAGGAGGGAAGCGGGGUGGGAGGAGGAGGAGGAGGAAGGGGAGAGAGGAGCGGAAACGGAAGAGGAAGAAAGGAGCGAGGCCGGAGGACGAGAUUUCUCGACGCGGCAAACAUGACGCAGCAAAGCGGGGCUGGGUCGCCCCAGCAAUUCUGCCUACGGUGGAACAAUUACCAGACGAAUCUGACCAACGUGUUCGACCAGCUUCUCCAGAGCGAGAGUUUCGUUGACGUGACCCUCGCCUGCGACGGGCACAGCGUGAAAGCGCACAAGAUGGUACUGUCCGCGUGCAGCCCCUACUUCCAAGCCCUUUUCUUCGACAAUCCAUGCCAGCACCCGAUCGUCAUCAUGAAGGACAUCAAGUGGCCCGAGCUCAAGGCCGCGGUCGAGUUCAUGUACAAGGGGGAGAUAAACGUGUCCCAGGAGCAGAUCGGCCCCCUCCUCAAGGUGGCGGAGAGCCUCAAGAUACGGGGCCUGGCCGACGUGAACAACGAGCACGAGUUGGCGUCGAGAUCGAACCUCGAGGAGGCGGCCAGCGCCGCCCUUCACAGGAAGAAGAGGCGCCGAAUAUCGGGCGAGAGGUCGCCCCCCGCGUGCAGCCCCGACCGGAUCCCCGGCUCGGCCAGCAUCCCCGACGACGGGGAGCCGAGCCAGGUGGGGGGCGGGGUGAUCGUGCCCGACAUCCACGGCAUGCUGCCGAGCAGCUCGACCCCGCGCUCCCUCGGCUCCCCGGGCACGCCCAACGUCUCUGUCACCCCGCAGAUCAACCUCCAGGAACUUCCGGUAUCGCUGCCCCUGCCGCCGCCGCCGCCGCCGCCCCCUCAGCCCGGCCAGCCGAGCUCGCACUCCAUACCCGCUCACCAC